AUGACCCCCUCCUCGUCUCCCCAUUGGUCGGUCUGCUUUCAGGCGGGAAUGUCUCUCUCGGUGUAUUUCUGUGGUAGUAUUCGGGGCGGUCGGGAGGACCGGGCUCUGUAUGAACGGAUCAUUCAGGAGUUGCAGCGUUAUGGAACCGUGCUGACCGAGCACAUUGCCCGACCGGAGAUCUCUGAAGCCGGGGAAGACGCUUUCGAGAAAGGAGACAAAUUCAUCCAUGACAGAGAUGUCGAGUGGCUUACACAGGCCGACGUGGUAGUGGCGGAAGUGACCCAGCCAUCCCUGGGUGUCGGCUAUGAGCUGGGCCGGGCAGUGGCAAUGAACAAAAAGAUCUUGUGCCUCUUCAGACCAUCCUGUGGACGAGUACUGUCUGCGAUGAUUCGGGGUGCCCACGAUGGACACUCGGUCUGUGUUAAAGACUACAAACCUGAGGAGAUGGAAGGAAUCCUCUCGGAAUACUUCACUGUCACCUUUCCAUCAUUGUGAUUCAAUAAAUUGUAUGAUGUAAUAAAAGUAUUUUUUUUUUU